UCAGCUCAAAAAACCCUGACAAUAUUUUAGUGCAUUGUUACUAACUUCCUUUAUUAGGGUUUCAUAAAAGAGCUGGAAGAUUCUCCAGAAAUGGGAAGCUUCUCCUGUGCGAGCCUUAGCCCCCCGCCGGGGGGCAAAGAAGGGAAUACGUUUUCCUGCCAGAAUAUUUGGACAUAUAAAAGCAGUUAAAUGAAAUGCCACAUGGGUUUCUAUCCGGCUGUUUUUCAUUCCAGCACAUUCAUGAGGGGCGUUCGGCGGGGAAUCCCGGAGGUUGUGCCGGCCAGAUGUGGGGUUGGAGCUGCUUUGGGCCCGGGGCUGGUUCUCCCUCGGCUUGGCCCUUCAGCUACAUCCGGGAAGGCAGAGCAGGCCUCGGGUUCCCUAUGCUCUCGGCCCUCCCUUGUGCUUCUGCAGCUUGUCGUGCACAACGAGCUGGACGCCUCCGCCAAGGCCAUGGUUCUGGAACAGCGCGCCAAGAACCGAGGUUCCUGGGAUGCCGACAUCCGGGGCUUCAGGCCCGCUCGCGGCGAGGGCCUUCCGGAUGGCCCGGAAGUGAUCGCGUCCGGGGUCAGCACGAGGGCACUCAGCAAGCUGGUGACGGUGGAGGGCGCGCAGGUGGUCUACUCUCGCAAUGCAGGCAGAUACGUCUGUGAUUACACCUGCUACCUGUCUUUGCAUCAAGGGAAUGGGCGCACGGCCCUCGUCCGCGUGCCUCCAUUAUCCUGUUGGCUCCCGGACGUGCUGGACGAGAUGAGAAAGCCCGAGCUCAAAGCCCAGUUUGCAGAAAACUCAACCUCGGUGAUUCCAGCCCCGGGGAACCGAUGGGGGGGACUGCUCCUUUAGAGAAAAUUAAAUGUUUCAAUCCCGUGUGCAGAGUUCAACUGUGCUUUGAGAGACUUUUUAAAAAUGGCUUGUAAAACAGUUUACACAGAGGGAGAAAGCUCUAAAUUAGCCCAACGAAAUCACAAAGGGUUAUUUUAUUGUCAGAAGAAAGAAGAACACUCUGAAAGGCAGACAUUUCACAAGGGAUUAACUAGCUUCAGUUAUGGUUUUCAUGACAAUAAAAUGAAAUCCUAGUAAUUUUUUUUUUCCCUCUUAAAAAGACUGUGCAGCGGGCCUGUGUGAUCCUGCCCGGAUUGCUAAAACCGCAGACCUGUUUGGCAGAGCUGCGUGUGACGGGGUGAUCUGUGACCAGCUGGCUGUGGGGAAACACAGGUGUAGCUGCCGCUGGGUACCCUGUUCCUGGCCGCCCAGCUCAUGCCUCCAGGUGCUGGGUGCAGCUUCUGAGCCACUGGGUCUGUAGUGUUUGGUUUUUCUUUUUCUAAUGUCUUUUUAAAAAAUUGUGUUUUCAUGCACAGGAUAAAAUUUACCCUUUAGCCAUGAAAUUUUUUUUUCUUUUAAUGUUUAUUUAUUUUUGAGAGAGAGAGAGAGAGCACGAACAGAGGAGGGGCAGAGAGAGGGAGACACAGAAUCUGAAGCAGGCUCUAGGCUCUGAACUGUCAGCACAGAGCCCCAUGUGGGGCGCGAACUCAUGGACUGCGAGAUCAUGACCUGAGCUGAAGUCGGAUGCUUAACCUACUGAGCCACCCAGGCACCCCUUUAGUGUCUGGUCUUAAAGGAGAAUAGCUAGGUUUGGCUUCUCUGCCACAAUGGGUGUUAUACUUACUUUUUAGAAGCAGAAUCUCCCCUUCUCAGCUAUCAUGUUGCCUUUGGGCAAACACUUGGCACUGGGUCUUGUGCCAAGCUGCUCAAAGCAAGGUUUUAUCUUGUGUUUGCUAGGGGCAGAUAUCCAACGAGAUACAUUGUUUUUUUGGAGGAAGGGGUUGAAGGUGGCUAAGGUCUGGGAAAUUUCUUGUUCCUUGUGCUCCCUAUCACUUUCAUUUAAUUACCUUAAAAAAAAAAAAAGCAUUAUUCACUUAGUAUCCAGAUUCCUUCACCAUAAGAAAAAGCAUUUGCAGCUUAAUAACAGAGGAACUGGGCGGGCCUUGCUUGUUUGAUCAUUAGCUCUCUAGCACACUUGUGCCUUUGGAACAGACUUUAGAGGACCCCUUUUGCAAAUGAAACUCGGUUGACAUAAACCAGUUCAGAGUCACAUUGUAGCAGAUCAAAGGCAGCUAAGCAGGAUGGUACAGCCAGCAUGCACUCGCGUGGGUCCGGCCGCACUGGUUGCUCAAGUGGAGAGCCUUCCGUAUUUGUAGGCAAACACCUGCUACCCAGAGCCCCGUGCCCAUCCUCCACCCCCUGUAGCUUCUGUCUCAGGCCGGGGCAAGCAGGGGGCCUCGGGACCCAGCCUCAGGGUCAUUUCAGACUGCUUGGCACCAGGCGAUGCAUGUUUCAUAAACUUUUAGAUGUCAGCCAGUUGGGAGGCCCAGAGCUCCCUCUUGAUGACCGUCCCCAUCAUCUCCCCCUGUGUGACCUCUGAUGUUCCUCAGGGAGAAUCCCAGAGGGCCCUCUCACAUCCCCCUGUCGGUACAUCCUGGGGCCUGUUUACUUGGGGCUGUUACCUGGCGGUUCUGAGUCUGAGAGCUGACCCAGCUUAAACAGGUUGAACCCUGGGU